AUGUCCUUGGACUCGUUUCCAAACUUUCAAUUCGAUACAACAUCCCAAUACGGUGGAGGAGCUGGUCUCGACGAUACAGCAUCCGUAAUCUCUGGUUACACCCAGCAGCAGCUCGACGAUGGUACAGAAAGCUUGCUCAACGGCAAUGGUCACGCAAAUGCCACCCAAAAACAGCGAAUAGACGACGAUUUUGACGCAGUUUUGGAUGAUUUCAAGGACGGGCCUGUCGAUUUGCCGCCCCACGCAUGCAGUCCUGCAUCAGUCGUGAAAUGCCUCGUUUGCUCAAAGUGGUUCUGCAACUCGCGCGGCAACUCGUCAGCAUCCCACAUUGUAAACCAUCUCGUUCGCGCUAAGCACAAGGAGGUCGUCCUUCACUCGGAGAGUCCUCUUGGAGAUACGACACCCGAAUGCUAUACGUGCGGCAGUAAAAACGUCUUCAUGCUUGGAUUUAUUCCCGCCAAAAGCGACACUGUCGUCGUCCUUUUGUGUCGCCAGCCAUGCGCUACCCUUUCCAAGGACAUGUCCUGGAAUCCUGCUCUUUGGUCUCCCCUCAUUGAUGAUCGCUCGUUUCUGUCGUGGCUUGUAAAACCACCUAGUGAAACUGAGCAGCUUCGGGCACGGCAAAUCACCUAUGCCCAGAUCAACAAAUUGGAGGAGCUCUGGCGCGACAAUGCAAACGCAACGCUCGAAGACUUGGAAAAACCCGGUGUAGACGACGAACCGCAGCCCGUGCUACUUAGAUAUGAAGACGCAUACCAAUACCAAAACAUCUUUGGCCCACUCGUCAAAAUCGAAGCAGAUUAUGACAAGCGUCUCAAAGAAUCUCAAACGCAGACCGAUAUUGUCGUAAGAUGGGAUAUCGGUCUCAAUCAAAAGCGCGUCGCCUGGUUUGUUCUCCCCAAACUCGAGAGUGGCGAGGUGCGCCUCGCUGUCGGAGACGAACUGAGGCUCCGUUAUUGUGGUGAAAUGCACAAACGCUGGGAAGGCGUAGGAAACGUGAUCAAGAUUCCUAAUAAUGUUUCCGAUGAAAUCGCUUUGGAGCUACGUCGAUCGGAUGAUGUGCCUACAGAGUGCACUCACGAGUUUGCUGCAGACUUUGUCUGGAAGUCUACCAGCUUUGAUCGGAUGCAGCUUGCGAUGAAGACAUUUGCAAUAGAUGAGAAGAGUGUCAGUGGCUAUAUAUACCACAAGUUACUUGGCCACGAAUUGGAGCCACAAGUCCUUCGCACCACGAUGCCAAAAAGGUUCUCGGCCCCAAAUCUUCCCGAAUUGAAUCACUCUCAAAUGUCGGCCGUCAAAAGCGUUCUCCAAAAGCCAAUCAGUCUCAUCCAGGGUCCGCCUGGCACUGGCAAGACAGUCACCUCUGCUUCCAUCGUCUAUCAUCUGGCAAAGAUGAACGGAGGCCAGGUGCUCGUCUGCGCGCCGUCCAACGUUGCCGUCGAUCAACUUACGGAAAAGAUUCACCUUACCGGUCUAAAGGUCGUGCGUCUGACAGCCAAAUCCCGCGAGGAACUCGAUUCGUCUGUCGCUUUCCUGAGUUUGCAUCGUCAAGUCGCCAAUCAUACUGGACAUGUCGAACUUCAAAAACUGAUUCAACUGAAGAAUGAACAAGGAGAGCUGAGUCAGAGCGACGAACGCAAGUAUAAGAGCUUGAUCCGCAACUGUGAAAAGGAGAUCCUUGGUGCUGCAGAUGUCAUUUGCUGUACUUGCGUAGGAGCUGGAGACGCGAGGCUUAGCAAGCUCAAGUUCAGGACAGUACUUAUUGAUGAGGCUACCCAAGCUGCUGAGCCUGAAUGCAUGAUCCCCCUCGUUCUCGGCUGCAAGCAAGUCGUCCUCGUCGGUGAUCACCAGCAACUUGGCCCAGUCAUCAUGAACAAAAAGGCAGCCCGAGCCGGCCUUACCCAAUCUCUGUUUGAGCGGCUCGUGCUCCUCGGGAACAAGCCCAUUCGACUCCAAGUGCAAUACCGAAUGCAUCCGUGUCUCUCCGAGUUUCCGUCAAACAUGUUCUACGAGGGCACUUUGCAAAACGGCGUCACCGCCCCAGAGCGUCUUCGAAAGAAUGUCGACUUUCCAUGGCCCGUUCCUGACUCGCCAAUGUUCUUUUAUCAGAAUCUCGGCCAAGAGGAGAUAUCUUCUAGCGGCACAUCAUUUCUCAACAGGACUGAGGCGUCCAACGUUGAGAAGAUUGUCACCAAGUUCUUCAAAGGUGGCGUACUGCCAAGUCAAAUCGGCGUUGUGACACCGUACGAGGGACAGCGCUCCUAUAUCGUUAAUUACAUGCAGUUCAACGGUACUCUCAAAAAGGACAUGUACAAAGAGAUUGAGGUGGCCAGCGUCGACGCAUUCCAGGGACGAGAGAAGGACUAUAUCAUCCUCAGCUGCGUCCGAAGCAACGAACAUCAAGGCAUAGGGUUCUUGAAUGACCCCAGACGUUUGAACGUCGCUUUAACGCGUGCAAAGUAUGGAGUAGUCAUCCUCGGAAAUCCCAAGGUCCUAAGCAAGCAUCCUCUAUGGCACUAUCUUCUCACUCACUACAAGGACAAUAAUUGUUUGGUGGAAGGUCCUCUCAGCAAUCUUCAACCGUCCAUGAUCCAGUUUAGCAAACCCAAGCGUUCCUUGAACAAGGCGAUGGACUCAUUCCGACGGCAUGAAGUCAGCGCGAGAGAAGCUCUGAGUAGUGGACCCGUGGCAGAUGGACGACGAGGCUCGGGCCAAGAUCGUUUCGACUCGACAUUUUAUAGGACACACGAUGCACUUUCCUACAUUCCUUCCGACACACAGUCGCUCAAGUCCCAAGCUACGUAUUCUUCUGGCCUUCCCACUUUCUCUGGCGCUAGUGGGCCUUUUCAUACCAACGGUACCAAGCGAAGUGCAUACGGCGGAUACGCAUCCUCUAUUGUCUCACAAGAUAUUCGUCCCGGCGCGGCUUCGGACGUCGCAAGCGUGGUCGGGAGUCAGGCGCCAUCCGAACGAACCAGCAGCAUUGCCUUUUCUCAGUCGGAUCGGAUCCGUAGGCGCACCUCUUUUUCCUCUACCUCGGACAUGGGAAGUCUAUCCACCUACGACUACAAGAGUCAAGAGGAUGCGGCCGACCUGGACGACACUCGUUCCCAAUAUUCAUCGUCAGGAGUCACCGAGUUCUAG